AGAAGGAGAUUCCUCCGUGGAUCAGGUUUGGCAUAAGAUCAUUUCCUUUCAGUUCCAGUGCAUAUUGUAGCACGUCGUCUCGUGAGCGAUGCGGAAGUCAACCGUGAAUUGCUGGGGUGCUGGAGUUGUCGUUGAAUCAAACUACCGUCACUAGUUGGACUACAGUACAGUUUGGACUCUUUGGGAUUUGUGAAUGUUUACAGCCAAACUUCCAGAAGCAGGGCUUGCGAAAGACUUUGGUGUCGUUUGGAUGGUCAUCCGUUGGAAACUCCUUUCCUGGCUGACCAGAAAACUCCUUCAUGGAUAGAUAAUUUUACUGGACAAGGGAUCAAGCGGCGAGAGGAUGUUUAUCGAACGCACAGACCACCUUCGCACGCAAGUUUACGAUGUGCUCAGGCGUGAGCGAGUUCUGAUUUUGGCCGCCAUCGAUGUUGACUCGGCCUGCGCCUGCAAGAUCUUCCAGAAUUUGUUAUGCUGUGAUGGUAUACAGUACAGUCUAGUGCCAGUCAGUGGUCGCCAGAGCUUGAAACAAGCUUUCCAGGAACACGCUGGACAGGCUCGACACGUCGUUCUAGUCAACUGCGGGGCUACCAUCAGCGUUGUGGAUGAACUGGACGCUAACGAUGAGACGCACUUCUACAUAUUCGACAGUCAUCGGCCGUUUGACCUGUACAACGUAUACAGCGACAAGGUGCAUCUGGUCAAGUUGCCCGACGAGGAUCUCGACUUUCCGCAACCCGAAGAGGUUUUCAGCGACCCUGAGGAGGAGGAUGAAGACAGCGAUGGAGAGGUGGCGGAUACGUACGAAGACAGUCUAGAACCGGAAGAGGACGACGUUGGUGAGCCAUCUGCCAAGCGCCGAGCAUUCACAAUGAAAAGAAAAGCACAGCGGCGGCGAGAGAAACGAGUCUGGGAACAGAAAAGAGCAGACAUUCUGUUCAAGUACUUCGAGUUCUACUACCACAGUUCAGCCACGUCUUUGAUCAUGCUGGAGCUAGCACACUUCAUGUCUAAAGAUAACAACGACUUAGUUUGGUGGGCAAUAGCCGGAUUGACAGAACAGCUCCUCUAUCAGAGAAUAGAUCGAGAAAAGUAUGUCACGGACGCUGCCCAGCUACAGGAGAAGUUUGUCCUGCGCUUGAAUAACCCGUCUGUGUCAUCUGUACACACACUCCGGAUACAGUUCGACCAAGAACUCCGGUUAGCGUUGUAUCGCCACUGGUCAAUGUACGAGAGUCUACUGCACUCCGAGUACUCUUCUGUCAACUUCAAGGUCUGGACCCAGCAUGGGCAGAAGUUGCUGCACGAGUUCCUUGCCAACAUGGGAUUACCUCUGGUUCAGAGCAAGCAGAAGUUUGGAGCCAUGGACAAGGACAUUCGCAACAACGUCAAGACGUGGAUGGAGGAGCUGUCUCCCAAGUACAGACUUGACGAUAUGACAUACGGAAGUUUCGUUGCUCAAUUUGGUUAUCAACAUAAGUUUUCGGCCGCUGAUGUAGUGCAUGCACUGACAGGGUUGUUGGAAAACACGGACGGUCAAAUGGAUUACUCAACGAAUUUCUUCAAAGCUCUCGACGCUUUAUCCAGAACAAACUCAGACGUGCUCCGCAAGGGUAUUGCACUUGGACUGGAGCAUCAACUAGCCCUGUCCCAGCAAGUGCGUCUCUUCAUGGACAUGAAGCAGAUAGUCAGCGCCGGAUCGUUCACCUACACGUACAUCGACGAGAGUUCUCCCCACUAUCGCUACUUCAGCAACACCGUACUGCUCACCAGGCUGGCCAGGUAUCUACAGCCUACCACGCGCAAGCGCUCACAGCAGCUACCGUUUCUUUUAUCUGCUCCCGCCAGGGGAACACCCCAGACGUGUGUAGUCCUGGGUGUACCAGCGGUGAGAGAGGCUGCACAUAAGAACUACUUGAGUCGAGCAUUUGAGGCAGCUGUUCGUCACAUGAAAGGAGCAGUCAAUAUCGAAUUUGACAGCUUUGAGCCAGCAGUUGUACAGAUGAGAUAUGAGGACCGGCCACGGUUUUUCGAUGCUCUCACUGCUGUGCUAGAGAGCUAGGCGUGCAGUGCAGUGCCGCAGCAGCAACAGCAGCAGCAGCAGUGGCGGCAGCCUGUAUUGCCAUGCUCCGAUGGAAUUCCCUGUGUAGGGGGCAAUGCUGGCUGACGUGUGCCACACACUUCACACUUCUGCCACACACUUCUGAGUCACGCGGCGGCGGUGGUUGUGCUGGAACUGGGGUGGCUACCGGCAUGCACGGAAAAUUCUGAUUGUCGGCGACUGGUUCUGUCCUACUCGCAUCCAUCCAAGCUCGGCCACUGGACUCGUGGUGUUCACUUCCAGGGCGCCCUGACAACGUGCCGUGUUCCAGUGUGCACCGCUAUUCGGCAUAUGUGCCAGUCCUCCUGGCUGGAUACCAGCAUAGGUGCAACAAAGGCCUUGAUUCGAAUUACGUCCUCUGUAUUAUACGUCCCACUCUGUGGAGGAUUCAAGAAGGUUCAUAUAUAUAUACGACUGCGCCUCCUUCCUCCCAUACUUUCCUUCGGAUGCACAUACCGUAGGUCGUCGGCAUGCUAAUUUCCUGUGUACCUGCUUGCGUGCGUUGACCAGUUCAAGAUGAUUCUGCGGCUGAUCUGGCGUCACUGGCACGUCUAGCUCAGCCGCCGCCCCUGAAUCUAAUCCUUGAUACGAAUUUCCUGUAUAUCCGUUUGAAUCUCUUCGCCUCCUGGCCACGCUAGAGUAGAGAUGACGUUAGCGCUCGCAGCGUAGCAAGCAGGGAGUAGUAAGAUAGCGGUAUUUUACUACUCCCUUAUGGCAAGCCCUUUUCCGCUAAUGUAACACUGUACAUACCGAUGCUAGAGUAUUAACACGACUGCUAUUUUCUUCGUCCGUUUCUCCUUUUUGCUAUUUGACUUGCACAUAUUCUGAUCCGAUGCAAUGUAUAUUGUAACAGUCAUGUACUUUGUAUAAACCCGUGUAAAGAUGGCCCACAUGGCUGCUCUGUACCCAUGACAACGUACACAGUAUGUGUACUGUGCACGCGCUCUCAUUUUUAUUGUCCUUGUAACGACGCACGUUUUUAACGAAUGAAAGGAAAUCCAUGUGGGGAUGUCUUGA